CGGAUGUAUGCUAACAUGUGCAUGCACGACCCUCAAACUUUCGGGUUUAAAACUGUUUCUCAAGUGGGGAAAAUACUGUAGCUUUUCUUCACACCUGGAGAGGACAGCCAGUCGUCAUUUGAAACGUAUUGUUCUUUAGCUUGUAUAUUAGGGACUUGGCUUUGCGAUGGAAUGCGGAGGGCAACUUGACGACAUGGAGACGCUACCUCAGAGGCCGCCCGCAGCGAAGAAGAAGAACUGUGUGCGGUGUGGGAAAGACGCCGUGCUUGUUGUGCAGACGAGCGCGGCUUUCUGUAGGGAGUGUUUUCUCAACUACUUCACACACAAGUUCCGCUCUGGGCUUGGAAAGUCGAGAGUGGUUCAGCCAGGAGAGAAGGUUUUGUUGGCUUUCUCUGGAGGGCCGUCCUCUGCUGCCCUCCUUCAUCUGGUCAAACGGGGCAUGGAGGAGGGAACUCAAAAGAAGCGGCUCCGCAUCGAACCGGGUGUAGUCUUCAUAGAUGAAGGCUCUAUUAUCCAAGGGUUUGAUGUGGAUCAGCGACAAAGAUCUGUGCAAACAAUUUCUAAGAUAGCAGGGGAAAGUGGUUUCCCAGUCCACCAUGUAAUGUUGGAGGAUAUCACGACUGUGCAGGCGACAGAGGCAGAUUUACCAGUGUCAAACUGUGCAGGAACAUCACCAGCUACAACUGAAGAUGUAGAAAGGCAGGUGAAGUCACUCUCCACUGAUGACACAAGUGCAGACAGGUUAAAGAGACUUUUUGAGGAGGCCAAGUCUCUGACAGCCAAGGAAGAUUUACUGCAGAUACUUCGUUCUAAACUCCUGGUCAGAGUGGCCCGGACGCACGGUUACACGAAAGUCAUGGUUGGCGACAGUGGCACCAGACUGUCAGUGCGCAUCAUGGCCGACAUUGCACAAGGUAGAGGAGCAGCUCUCCCGCUGAACACAGGAUUCGCUGACGACAGGCAUGGAGACGUCGUCAUUGUUCGACCAAUGAGGGACUUCAUUGCUAAGGAGAUUUCCAUGUACAACACCAUAUGCCAGGUGGAGUCUGCUUUUCUCCCUACGCUGACGACAAGAGUGGCAGAAAAAGCGAGCAUCGGGCAUCUGACAGAAGCCUUCAUCAGCGGGUUACAAGUGAACUUUCCCUCCACUGUUAGUACUGUGUUCAGAACAGGUGCCAAACUUUGUGUGUCGGAUACAGAGAACAGACCUGAAGGAUACAAGAGAUGUGCCAUGUGCAAAGCACCCUUAGACACUGGACAACAGGGACUGUUACAGUCUAGUGUAUAUAAGACAUCACUUGCAGCAGAUGAUGAAAGUGAUGGAGGUGUGGUAACUGGCCAAGAUCUAUGCCCAUCUCUUUGCCAUGGUUGUUCUCUCACUGUAGCAGACUUUGGUGACUUCUCAACUCUGUCUGACUCUGACCAACUGUUUACUUAACUUAAGUAGAAGGACUGUUGAUUAAGUAGGAAUAAUGGUUUUGACUUGAAAAUUGGAAUAAGUAAGUUCAAGAUUGCAAGUAUGCAUGUGCAGCAGAAUGCAGGGCAACAAGUAAAAAAAAAUGAAAGCCCUUACAGUUGUAGUUAGGACCAUUUGGUAACAAUGUUCAUAAUCAUAUCUAUUUUGUUGAUGAUGCCUCAGGGCCAUCACCUUUGGACAUAUUACCCACAAUUUUCCACAAAUUGCUCUAUACAUUUGUAUGUAGGAAGACAAUUUCCAGACAAUAAGGUCAUUUGGUUCAUAGAUCAUAUGUACAAAGUUAACUUAUUUUAAUCUAAGGAAAUUAAUGAAAAAAAUCUAAACAGGGAAUCAUAUCGCCCAUGUAUUUUCUAUAGCAAAACUCUUUACAGAUGUAGAUGUACUAUCUGUCUAUCGUCAACAUGCCAUUGCGUAAUGUAUUAUACUGUAGCAUUUUAUCAUUUUAUGCAAAUAAAGUCAUCAUUUGCAACAA